AUGUAGAAAAUAAUACUUUCGAGUUUAUGGGUGUUUAGUUUAAUUCUUGUAGAUUAUUUCUAUGGGGAAAGAACAUUUGAGAUAAGCGAUUCAAUUACAGAGUAUCUGCAAUCAUUGUUUGAUUAUGGGAAUGAGAAUGGAUUAGUAGGUAUAAUAGAAUAGAUGAAUAAUGAUUAGAAAGUUUUCUGUUAAUCUUUUAUGUAUUUGGCGGAAGAUAAUUUAUGGGAAUGGUAUUCAUAAUUCUUUGGUUGGAAUCAGGAUUGAAGGAGUAGAUUUUAAAAUUGAUUACAAUGUAUUCGAUUACUUCAUUUCUUGGCCAUUUUAUUAAAAUGAUCUUGGUUUAGCCAAGACCCUUUUAUGAAGAAUCAGAUGUUCGACUAGAUUUUUGUAAAAAGGGUUAUGGAGACCCAAGUGAUAAUGCUUUAAGGUCUAUUGUAUUUUAUGUAAUUUUAUCAGAAACUUUAUUAUUUAAAAAAUAUAAGGUUUAAGCAAAUGAUUUAGGUGUUCUUAGUUCAAUUAACUAAGAUAAAAAACUUCAAUAUCAUUAUAAAUAAUUAUCAAAGUAUAUCAUUCUCAUAUAUUAGUGAUGAUCUUUACACAUAACUCUAUCCAAAUACAAUGCUUAGUUAUAAUCAAUAUAAACUUAUGUUGGCUACUUUUUUAUUCAUUACUNUCUAAAACUAAUUUUAUUAUUUCCUCAUUUAUUUUACAUUAUCUUCUUUAAGCAAAUCAAUAAAUUAUAUCUGA